AUGGACGUUUGGACGAAAAACCUCAGCAAAGACUUCGAGCGGACGGAGCCCUACGUCCCGGAGCUACUCAGUGUCAGACCGAAAGUCCUGCGGAUCAGCAACAUGUUCACGCAUAAGGAGUGUGCUUUGCUGCGUUGGCUCAUGCUGGAGGCGCUUAUCUACUUCGGUGACAGCUCCGAGAUGGUCACGACACGGCCAGGAUCUGUCAACUCCUCUUCUGGCUUUGGAAACUUGGGCAAGAGGCCACUGAUGCGAAUGCAAGAUCCAGAUCAGCUGUCUUUCUAUUUUCAGGAGCCCCCAGACUUUAUGAUCGCGAUGAUGCAGAGAGUGGGCGCAAUGGUCGGCGUACAUCCCAACAAUGUGGAGGCUAUAUACCACCUCUACAAGCCGAAUGCAGAGCUGGCGAAUCUCCACUUGGAUAACUUCAACAAAUAUUUGUGGCCCCAUCGCUUUAUGUCUGCCUCACUGUUCCUGGAUGACUACGAGGACGGAGGUACGACCGGCACGGAAGGCACCGUCUUCCCGCUGUUUCUGGAUACCAUCAGCGGGGACGGCGAGGUUGGGGUCUCCAGCGUUGCGCAGGAGCAUGACGAGGUCAGAGCCUGGCAGAGGGCCUUGAAUGAUGCUCCCAUGCACAGUGUCGCAAGCGACACGGAAGCGUACGCACAUCGCAGAGUUGAUUCCAGAGAGCCCGGUGAGUUUCGCCAGCGAGUCCUUCAAGCUGCCAAGGACAUGUGCAGGCUCGGCCGACCUGCACAGAUUCCAGUUCUUCCGGCGAAGGGGACGAUGUACUUGUGGUUCAACUACCUUGACAACGGAGAAGACGACGUGCGAACGAUUCAUGCUGGUUGCAGCUCCAGCGCUAGCUACAAAAUGAUUGGUACCAUGUUCCUACGUGACGGCAGCGGGCCCUUUCGAGAGCACGACUCGUUCUGGAAUCCCGCGGUGAAGAAGGAGGACGAGGCCGAGGAGGCUCGGCGGACCAUCGAGGCGACGCAGGCCUCCCACUUCCGUUUCCAUCACAUCCCCGCACUUUUCGACCUCGAGCGCCAAUCAGUGUUCGAGCUCCACGGGGGCGCCGAAGCCGUCAGGCUGGCCAGAUUCCAACACCUUUACACGGAUGUGCUCAUACAGCAAGAGGCUGAUGGGAGACUCUACAGCCAGUACGCAAGGAUGCUGCAGCGGUAUCCCCCAGAUUCAGAGGUAAGGUGGGCUGCGACAGCCCAAGAUGGACACCUGUUCUGA